CGGGGCACGGGCACGCACUGACCAGUAGGGCAAGGAAGGCCGGAAUCAGUGUUUAAACGCUUUAGUAGAAUGUGGGGGCUCCUCUCAAGACUGCCUGUACCCCGAUGGCCAGCCUGAUGGCCCCAAGCUCCCAUUUCCCGGCAUCAGGGCCUGCUAGAGCUCCCCACCCUACCCACCCGCAGGGCUUGUUUGCUGGGUUUUCCCGCCUUCUCUAGCUGUCCAGGCGGGCAGGACUGCCCUGCCCCCUCCGCCCUGCCUGCUCUGCUCUGGCCAGUCUUCGCGGGCACAAAGUGACCCAUGCUGGGCACCUACAAAGCGCCCGGACACAGUGUUUGGAUGUAGGGGCGAGGCCCAACAAUGGGCAAGGCCAACCCUGUUGGUGGUUUCUAGAGGGGUAAAUUCUUGUCUGGAAAGAAAGGCAAAAAAAUGAGUAAGUAAGGCAAAUCGUUUCAGAUACUGGUAAGUGGAAUGAAGACAGGACAGUAGCUGGAGAGGCAUGUGGGGGUGGGCAGAGAGGACAUUCUAGCCGAGGUAGAGAGGUGGGCCUCUGAACGAAUGACAUUUGAGCUGAGAUAGAAAACAAGGACAGAUGGGUCGAGGAGGGACAGGCAAGCUCAGAGGCCUGAAAAGACUUAGAAAUGUAGGGGGAGCAGCCAGGAGGCCGGGGUAGCUGGGCAGAGAGGGGACAAGCCCACAGAGGUGUCAUCUAAGGCCUCAGGGGGUCUCUGGUCUUUAUCUGUUGAGAGCAGUGAGCAGCACGGGGAAGGCUGUGAGCCAAAAAGUAGUGACCUCCACCUUCUGCGUGUACAGGUUUUUUCGGACCCGAGCAGAGUCCUUUGUAGGCACUGCUCCUUCUUUAUCCAGAGGGUAGAUGGAUCAAUGUCCCACCCCCGCCCCCAGCCAGAGCUAGCCAUAUCCUAAUCCCUGAGCCUGUGAAUAUGGUAGCGUCCACGGCAAAAGGGACUUUGCCAAUGAGAUCGGAUUCAACAUCUUCCAGUGGGGGAGAUCCUCCACGUCAAAGAAGUGACAAGGGAAGUAGAGGUUGGAAUGAUGAGACCAACAGACAAGGAACGUGGGAAACCUAUAGAGGCCAAAAAGGGGAGCGACAGAUUCUCUCCUAAAGCCCUAGGACACCUUGAUUUUAGCCUCUUAAGACCCAUUUAGGACUUGUGACCUCCAGAACCGUAGGAGAAUGAAUUUGUGGUUUUUAAGUCACUAAAAUUGUGGAGAUUUGUUUUAGAUGUCCUAGGGAACAAAUAGAGUCCAAAAUACAAAGUCCGGAAUUUGUUAACUUCCUCCAACUUCAGAACUCCGUCUGUAUGCUACUGAGGGUCUUUCAGGACCCACAGUCAUCAGCCGCAUAUAGAACACAUCUCAGGGACGGGCAGGUGUCAAGCAGGCCUCCCUGAGUCUGUGAGGCAGAUGAGAUCUUUCUCAUUGAGGACAAGCCUGGAGUCAAGCAGACAUUGGUGGGCACAAAGCCUACAGAGACUAAGUCCCACCCUGCAGCGUCUUCCCAUUCGAUGGGGGAGACCAGUUGUAAAGAGAAAUGUCAAAUGUGUAAGGAGAUGGUGUUUAGAUGGAACUAAGCAUUCAGCCAGGACACACCUGGCCAUAUCUAUCAAUUUUUUUUUUCCUAACAGGAACUGGUUGGUAUAGAGAAUGACCUAUUAAAAUGACAGUGAUUGUGUAUGAGUUUAACCAGUCUAUGAACCCUGAGAAGUGCACAUACCACAUUCAGGGGCCAUCUGCAGAGCAGAGAAGACUUGGGGCCCAUCUCUAAGCAGAGCUCCUAAGGAGCAUCCUCCCCACCCCCACCCAGGCCUCUAACCGAGCAUGAUGACAGGUGCUCCCUAUGGGGCAGAAAUGCUAGGGUCUUGCGGUUGGCUUGGCUUAUGUAUCUGUUAUUUCUUAGGAAAAAGGGGUCAGGUUGUCAUCUCAUACACCAGUGAGGACUUUGGAAUUCCCAAGCUGUCCCACCCCUGCACAACAGCCUCGUCUCCCCUCCCAGCCCCUAUGGAGCCCCUUCCCAGAACCCUGGCUGGAUGAUGUCACAGACAGGUGACCUCACUGCGGCAAAGGAACCGGGAAUCUCAGUGGCAUGGGGGAGGAGGGAGGAUGUGUCCCCACCACCCCAACCCCCCAUGUCUGUGGUGAAGUCGAUCGAAUUAGUGUUGCCCAAGGAUGCCAUCUACUUGGCCGGCUCCAGCAUCAAAGGGCAGGUGGUUCUAAUUCUGAACAGCACCCUGGUGGACCCUAUUGUGAAGGUUGAGCUCGUGGGAAGGGGCUAUGUGGAGUGGAAUGAAGAAAUCGGGGCAUCACGUGAUUAUAGCAGAGAUGUUAUUUGCAACAACAAGGCCGACUAUGUGCACAAGAUGAAGACAUUCCCAGUAGAGGAUAAUUGGUUAAGUGCAGGCAGCCACACCUUUGAAUUCCAUUUCAGCUUACCUCCCAGGCUUCCUUCUACCUUCACCAGCAAAAUUGGCCAUGUCUUCUACUUCAUGCAAGCCUCCUGCGUGGGUCGGGAGCACAUUCUGGCGAAGAAGAGGAUGUACUUGUUGGUUCAAGGGACUUCGGACUUCCAUAAGGAAAACCCAUUGCAGAACCCUCUGCUGGUAGAGGCUGAAAAGAAGAUCUCCUACAACUGCUGCAGCCAGGGCACUAUCUGCCUACAAAUCCAGAUGGAAAAGAACACCUUCGUCCCAGGGCAGAGGAUCAUCUUCACCACGGAGAUCAACAACCAGACCGGCAAGUGCAUCAAGACGGUCAUCUUCGCCCUCUACGCCCAUAUGCAAUACGAGGGCUUCACCCCCAACGCGGAGCGGCGGUUGCGGGUGGAAAGCAGUGAGCUGCUCCGGCAGGAGGCCAACACGCAGAUCACACCUUUCGACACCACCAAGAUCAUCAGCACCUUCAACCUCCCGCAGGUGCUGUCCGUGAGCAGUAGCCUGCAGGACGGCGAGAUCAUGAGUACCCACUACGAGCUGGUCAGCACAGUCCACCUGCCCUGGUCCCUGACCAGUGUGAAGGCCAAGGUUCCCAUCAUCAUCACCAGUGCCCCUGUGGACCCAGACAGCUGCCUGCCGCUGGAGGGGCGGCUGUCACCCGAGAGCCAGGAGUGCCAGAAUUAAGUGCCCAAACUUCUAAAUAUUAAAAGCUUUAUCGGACUCUA